AUGGAAGAGUUCAGUCGCGAGACUCCACUGUUUGAUCGGCGCUUUCACGUGCUUGUGCAGUACCCAGACCGCGAUGAGAAGCUACAGCCACUUACGAUUCGUCUCCUUACUGGUACACGUAACAAUGCCAAAAACCAAAAAGAGCGAGUGAUGCGUGUCGAAAUCACAGAUGACGAUGGUGUUGAUCCUUAUUUUUUAUACCUUUGGAGCGUCUCUGAGGAGGAAUUUCAUGAAUUAAAGGCACAACAACGAUUACUUGUGGACUUUGCGACGUUUCCAGCUAACCUCAUUGAGCUAUUACAUUGCUGUCUUAAAGAUAGCAAGAAAAUGGCACAAGAAGACGAAGAAAAGCAGCAAAACACUGAUAAUUUGACCGAUUUGGACGGCGCUAGUGAGAAGAUUCCACUUGAUGCACAAUUUAGCCGAUCUACUGGACCUGUUCCUUUGAGUUAUUUAGCAGUACUCAACACUUUGGAUAGCAACGGACUAUCGAUGUUUAGCAUUGUGGAGACGAAUCCAUUCAAGCAGUUGACCCAUUUAUCUUUAAGAUUCAGCCCAGGGAAUGAUGCUGCUAUUAAGGCGUAUCUUGCGGCGAGAUUGGCUCAAGUGGAAGCAAGUCGAAAAGUUGCGGUAGCGUCUUUAAAGCAAACAAGCGAUGCUUUGAGAAAAUCCCAGAUGAGCGAGACAAAGCUGCAGGAUCAAUUGUCGGUAUUGAAAUACGACGCCGAGUCGACACUAUCACAGGAAAAAAUGAGGUUUGCAGACGAGCUCGAACAGCAACGCAGAGCAGCGGCAAGAGCAUUGAAAGAGCGCGAAGACGAACUCAACGCUAAAAUCGAAGCAUUGGUGGGAAGAUACGAAAAAGAACUUCAAAAUAUAAAAGCUACCGCAGAGGCGAGUGACGCUCAAGUGCAAGAUUUAAGCAAGUUAAAAUAUCAGCAUGAAAUGCAGAUUGAUCACUUUCAAGCACAAGUACAAGACCUGAGCCAGAAUCGGUGUGCACAAUUAAAAGAACUAGAGGAAUUACGUACGCAGAACAAAGAGGUGGACAAAAAAUUAUUUCAACAGGAAAAACAGAUGAAUGCUUUGCAAGUACGUAUUGAUGCUUUGCAGCAACAACUUGCGGACAAGGAGGAAGUGAUCAAAAAGACAACAGAUUUGCUACAGUCUGCAAAAUGUCAUAAUGAAGAAGUGGACGAAUCACUGAAAAUGUACCGAGAUAAUCAUGCGAAACUUCAGCAAAAGCUAGAGAUAAGUAUCUCCGAAAUCAACAAGGGAAACGAUAUCAUUGAACGGAUACAAAAUGAAAAUCGUUCGCUGAGGUCCAAGAUGCGGAUGAAAGCUAAAAUUAUCAAACAGCAAGAACAGAUAAUCGACGAAAAGCAGCUUCAGCGUGAGGAAGCAUUGCUAGAGUUAAAAUCGAUUAAAGAAGAUCUUCGAAAGCGAGAAGAACACAUCUUAAAUCUCAAGGACACAAUAAAAGAGCUAAGUCAAAAAUUGGAAGAUAGCAAUAAACUUCUUGCAUCGAAUCAACAAGUGAUUACCUGGCUAAACAAAGAAAUCAAUGAAGCACAACUUGGUCAUCAACGAAGAUCAAAUGCCCACCCUUCAGUUCUUACCUAUCGUCCGUCUGAUAACGUCUUAUCGAAACCAAGAGACCCGCUAAUUUAA